AACUUGUGGACUGAUCAUCUUCCAGUCUUAAACAUCUGUCUUUUUUCAAUCUGUUUUAUUUUCGUUUCACACUAGCCAGUUGCCACAGUUUUCUUGUCUCUUUGUGUGCAAAUUUGUAAUGUGACAGUUCUAUACUUUUCUGGAUUUGAAACAGUAUUUGGCUUCUCUUUUGGGUCUUGGGUUCUUGCUCAUACUCGUCUUAAGCGACGAUACGUCAAUACCCAAUUGUCCCGUUGAACACCUCUUCAAUUCUUAUAAAUUGUUUUCUUAUCUGUUUUUUUUUUCUUAUCAUGGGUUCUCUCAUCCAAUUUGCAUCUGGGUUUUCUUGUUGUCUUUGAUUCCUGCAUAAUUGGCUUGUUUUGAUUAUUUUUCCAUCUGGUUCUGAUUCUUCUCCUGUUUGGCUUCUUCACAUUGAAGGUCCUUCAUUUUUCUUCCAUUAUCCUCCCUUCCAAUCCGUCUACAUGUGUUAGUUUGUUCGCUAUCUACUUGAUCAAAUUCCUCGAAGAAAACCUGCUUAUUUAGUGGUUAGUUGCAGGAUUUUGUCAUAGUUGAGUUUUGGUUUUGGGAUUGAAAGUUAAAAGCUUGGAGAAUGAAGUGCUUUUUCAUAUUCAAGGACAAAACCAAGGAAAAGAAGGGAAGACAAACUGCCUCAGCUUUGAAAAACCAAACCAGUAAAUCAAAUGAUUCAGCUUUGGCUCCAUCAGCGAGAUCGCUGCCAUCUCCACGGAGCAUACCGGAAUUGUACAAAGAGAAUGAACACAAUUUGAGAGUUUUCUCUGUUCAGGAGCUCAGAGAGGCAACAAAUGGUUUUAGCAGAUUGUUGAAGAUUGGAGAAGGUGGUUUUGGUAGUGUGUAUAAGGGUCAGAUUAACCCUGCUAAUGGGAAAGGUGAUCCUAUGAUCGUUGCCAUUAAGAGACUGAACAGUCGAGGCCAACAGGGUCAUAAAGAAUGGCUUGCGGAAGUUCAGUUUCUCGGUGUUGUUAACCACCCAAACCUGGUAAAACUUCUAGGAUACUGUUCAGCAGAUGAUGAGAGAGGGAUCCAACGGCUUUUGGUAUAUGAAUUCAUGGCUAACAAAAGCUUGGAAGAUCAUCUUUUCAACCGGGCUUUACCUACUCUCCCAUGGAAAACAAGAUUAGAGAUUAUCCUUGGCGCAGCUCAAGGAUUAGCAUAUUUACAUUCGGGACUGGAGGUCCAGGUCAUAUAUCGAGAUUUCAAGGCUUCGAAUGUACUGUUAGAUAAGGACUUUAAACCAAAGCUCUCAGAUUUUGGGCUUGCAAGGGAAGGGCCAACUGGUGACCGUACUCACGUGUCAACAGGGGUGGUUGGGACUUAUGGGUAUGCAGACCCGGAAUACAUAGAAACCGGCCAUCUCUCGACCCACUCUGAUAUAUGGAGUUUUGGUGUGGUGCUAUACGAAAUCCUCACUGGUAGGCGUACUUUGGAAAGAAACCGCCCAACGUUGGAGCAGAAGCUCCUUGAGUGGGUGAAACGAUUUCCUGCUGAGAGUAAAAGAUUCAGCAUGAUAAUAGACCCAAAACUCAGAAACCAGUACUCAAUAAAUGCAGCUCGUAAAAUUGCCAAGUUGGCAGAUAGCUGCUUGAACAGAAAUCAAAAGGAACGGCCAUCAAUUGAUCAGGUGGUUGAGAGCUUGAAGCAAGCAAUAAGAGAUUCGGACGUGGGAAACACUUCUCUGAAUGGAAGCACCAGAUCACCUGGAUCUCAAGUUGUUCAGCGCAAACCAAUUAAGGUCGUGUAAAGAGAUCUUUGUUCUCUUAAAGAAAGCCAGCAUGAACCAAAACUUGUCUGCUGACUUAACAUCUGUUGAGUUUUUUCCCCCCUUCUCCUCUCCUCUCGUUUGUUGAUAGGUCUAGGUGUUGAUUCUGCUGAACUCAAAUGAGCAAGGCUUGUUCAACAACAUGAGAGACUAAGAAAUAAGGCAUUUGAAGAGAUCAGUAGAGGAUUGUAAAUCUCCAUAUCUAACUUUAGUUGUGAUUGGCAUUAUAAAAGUAGAGAAUUUGAUAUAAUGCUCAUUCUUUUUA